AAGAAGGAAGGAAGGAAGGAAGGAAAGAAAAGUGUCGGAAGGAAGUGAACAAGAAAGAAAGAAAUUAAAAGAGGGGAAGGGUGGGGGAGCGUGUGCGCGCGCCUUUGCUGUGUUGUGCUGUGCAGCCAAUUUGGGGACUGUCUCGUGUGGCGCCAACUUUUGGUUUUUUCGGGGGAUGGCCAAACCCAAAACCAAAUCCCUCUCAUCCUCUUCCCGCCCAAUCUUUUCGCCGCCGCCCGCCCGACCGCAAGCAAAAGCACAGUCAUCAAUCUUCAUCUUCCAUAUCCAAGCCUCCAUCGCUCUCUUCCUUCAGCCAUUUAUAGGCAGCCAGCCCCCACUUCCUCAGUCCACACCACAGUGAGUGGCAGUGGAGAGUGAGAGACCAGACCCCAUCUAUGUGAUAAUUCUCUCUCUCUCUGCUAUUCCCAUUUCUUUUCGGUGCGAUUGAGUGAGUGAGCGUCUGCUGCUACUGCUAGGGAUCCAACUGAGAAAUGGGAUCGGCGGUUUUGUUGGACUCUGCUGUGUCCAGCGAGAGCGGGCCACCUGGCGGCGAUGACAACCCCUCUAAUUCAUCCUCAGGGAUGGAGGUUGAUAAGGUUGAUGAAAUACAGGCUGCACUCGCCAAAACUAAAAGGUCAUCAAAAACUACCAAGAACGGGAAGAAGCGGAAUUCGCACUCUCAGAACGGGAAGGACGGUGCCCCUAAAAGGCCAAGGCGAGCGGUGGCAUGUACGAGUUUCAAGGAGAAACCCGAACACUUCUCUGAGAAGUCUGAUCUUAUCGAGGCAAAGAAAGAUCAGGUAGCUGAAGAUGAGAUAUUAGCUAUCCGUAUGACUGCUGGAAAAGAUGAUGAGCGACCCAACAGAAGACUUUCUGAUUUCAUCCUGCAUGACUCGAAGGGACUUCCUCAGCCCUUUGAGAUGUCGGAAGUUGAUGAUCUGUUCAUCUCCGGUCUCAUAUUACCCCUUGAAGAAUCUGCUGAGAAGGAGAAAGACAGGGAGAAGGGCGUCAGGUGUGAAGGGUUUGGCCGCAUAGAAUCUUGGGCUAUCUCUGGUUACGAAGACGGCUCUCCAGUCAUUUGGCUUUCAACUGAUAUUGCCGAUUACGACUGCCUUAAACCAGCUGGUAGCUACAAGAAAUUCUAUGAUCAUUUCUUUGAAAAGGCACGUGCUUGUGUGGAGGUUUACAAGAAGCUAUCGGCUUCUUCUGGGGGGAGUUCUGACUGCAGUCUUGAUGAGCUGCUCGCUGGGGUUAUUCGUGCUAUGAGUGGAAGCAAGUGCUUCUCCAGUGGCUCUUCUAUUAGAGAUUUCAUCAUUUCCCAGGGUGAGUUCAUCUAUAACCAGCUGGUGGGUUUGGAUGAUACUUCGAAAAAGAAUGAGAGGAUGUUUGUGGAGAUGCCUGUUCUAGCAGCACUUAGAGAUGAGAACAAUAAGUAUGGCAAUUUCAUGCAAGCACAUGUGGCUUCUUCAGGUAAGGAUCUGGUGAUUGGUGCAAGAUCUGCUAAUGGAGAGAAAGCAGAGUCUGAGGAGGAUGAGGAUGUGAAACUAGCUAAGUUAUUGCAAGAAGAAGAGUACUGGCAAUCGAGGAAGCAAAAGAAAGGACAGGGUUCAUCUGCUGUGGGACCCGGCAAGUUCUACAUCAAGAUCAAUGAAGAUGAAAUAGCAAAUGACUACCCUCUACCUGCAUACUACAAGAAUGAAGAGCAGGAAACUGAUGAGUUCAUCAUUUUUGAUGGCGACCUUGAUAUGGUUGACAUUGAUGAGCUCCCUCGAAGCAUGCUGCACAACUGGUCCCUCUAUGAUUCAGAUUCAAGGUUGCUCUCAUUGGAGCUUCUUCCUAUGAAGCCCUGUGACGAUAUUGACGUGACCAUUUUUGGUUCUGGCAUCAUGACUGCUGAUGAUGGAAGUGGAUUCUGUCUGGAUACUGAUGAAGAUCAGUCUUCCUCUGGUUUGUCUGGAACUCAGCAAGAGGAUGGGAUUUCAAUUUAUUUGAGUGCAAUAAAGGAAUGGAUGAUAGAAUUUGGAUCUUCGAUGGUUUUCAUUUCCAUUCGUACUGAUUUGGCCUGGUACAGACUUGGCAAACCAGCAAAGCAGUAUGCACCGUGGUACAGACCAGUACUGAAGACAGCAAGAGUAGCAAUAAGCAUCAUUACAUUGCUGAAAGAGCAAAGCCGAGUGUCAAAACUCUCAUUUGCGGAUAUCAUCAAGAAGGUGUCUGAGUUUGAUGAAACGCACAUUGCUUAUAUUUCCUCUAGUGCAGCAGCUGUGGAGAGAUACAUUGUGGUGCAUGGGCAGAUUAUCUUGCAACUCUUUGCAGUCUAUCCUGAUAAAAAGAUUAGGAACUGUUCAUUUGUAUCUGGUCUUAUGAAGAAAAUGGAGGAGAGGCACCACACAAAGUGGCUCGUAAAGAAGAAGAAGAUAUUGCAGAAGGGUUUGCCAAACUUGAAUCCUAGGGCCGGAAUGGGACCUACUUUACCAAAGAGGAAGGCAAUGCAGGCAACGACGACAAGGCUGAUUAACAGAAUUUGGGGAGAGUACUAUUCAAAUUAUUCUCCAGAGGAUUUAAAAGAGGGAGCAUGUCUUGAAGCAAAAGAGGAGGAUGAGAUUGAGGAGCAAGAUGACAAUGAGGAUGAUGAUUCUGAGGAGACAUCAUUGGUUCCUGUUGAAGUUCAGAAAACAAGUCCAGAGCCUAAGGUUCGGAAGACCUUCACACAUAAAGAAACAAGGUGGGACGGGGAUAUAAUUGGCAAAAGAUCCUCUGGUGAAGCCCUUUAUAGACGGGCUAUUGUUCAUGGAGAACAGGUUGAUGUAGGGGCUGCGGUUUUGUUGGAGGUUGAUGAAUCAGACGAUUUUUCUGCAAUUUAUUUAGUGGUGUACAUGUAUGAGACAUCAAGGGGUAGCAAGAUGUUUCACGGAAGAAUGAUGAAGCGGGGGUCUCAAACUGUUCUGGGAAAUGCUGCUAAUGAGAGGGAGUUAUUUUUAACGAAUGAUUGUGCAGAUAUAGCAUUGGGUGACAUUAAGCAGACAGUUCCACUGGAGAUCCGUUCGAGACCAUGGGGACAUCAGUACCGGAAAAGUGAUGCUACUGCUGAUGCUCUUGAUCGAGCUAAAGCUGAGGAGAGGAAAAAGAAAGGAUUGCUGCUCGAGUUUUACUGCAAGAGCUUGUAUUGGCCUGAGAGGGGUGCUUUCUUUAGUCUUCCUGUUGAAUCAGUGGGUUUUGGAUGUGGUGGUUGCUACUCUUGCAACACAAGGGAAUCUGAGAAGGAAAAGGAAACUUUUAAGAUAAGUUCAUCUAAGGACUUUCUAUAUAAGGGAGUCAACUAUUCUGUCCAUGACUAUGUCUACGUAAGCCCCCAUUGCUUUGCUGAUGAAAGUGAAGGGACUGAAACUUUUAAAGGAGGCAGAAAUGUGGGGCUGAAGGCGUAUGCCGUGUGCCAAUUAUUGGAGAUACUUGCCCCCAAAGAAACAAAGAAAGUUGAGGCACAUUCUACCCAGAUCAAAGUCAGGAGGUUUUACAGGCCAGAGGACAUCUCAUCCGAGAAGGCAUAUUAUUCUGACAUUCGAGAGGUCUAUUACAGUGAGGAAAUACAGAUGUUGACUGUUGAUACCCUAGAAGGGAAGUGCGAAGUUAGGAAGAAAAAUGAUAUUCCACCAUCUGAUUCCCCCGCUAUUUUUCAUAUUUUCUACUGUGAGCGUCUAUAUGAUCCUACAAAAGGAUCACUCAAGCAGUUGCCAGCUCACAUUAAGGUUAGAUACUCAGUUGAAACUCUAGGAGAUGAUGCUGCAGUAAGAAAAAGAAAGGGGAAGUGUAAAGAAGGAGAAGAAGAUUCAGAACUUGCAAAACAGACAGAAGCAUCUCAGCAAAAACGUUUGUCCACAUUAGAUAUUUUUGCUGGUUGUGGAGGCUUGUCUGAAGGAUUACAACAAUCUGGAGCUUCAGUUACGAAAUGGGCAAUAGAAUAUGAAGAGCCUGCUGCGGAUGCAUUUAAACUCAAUCAUCCUGAGUCAGCGAUGUUUGUCAAUAAUUGCAAUGUGAUCCUAAGGGCUAUAAUGCAGAAGUGUGGGGACAUAGAUGACUGCAUUUCAACACCUGAAGCUGCUGAGCUUGCUGCCAAACUUGAUGAGAAAGAGAUUGCUGACUUGCCAUUACCAGGGCAAGUUGAUUUCAUUAAUGGAGGCCCCCCUUGUCAGGGUUUCUCCGGGAUGAACCGGUUCAACCAAAGUACAUGGAGCAAGGUUCAGUGUGAGAUGAUAUUGGCAUUCCUAUCGUUUGCUGAAUACUUUAGGCCAAAGUACUUCCUCUUGGAGAACGUAAGGAAUUUCGUGUCCUUCAAUAAAGGACAGACUUUCCGGCUGACUCUUGCCUCUCUCCUGGAGAUGGGAUACCAGGUGAGGUUUGGUAUUCUGGAGGCUGGAGCAUAUGGAGUUUCUCAGUCGCGGAAGCGAGCAUUCAUAUGGGCGGCAGCUCCAGGGGCAGUCCUUCCUAAGUGGCCUGAGCCAAUGCAUGUCUUUGCAGCCCCUGAGUUGAAAAUUGCGCUGUCCCAAAAUUUGCAUUAUGCGGCGGUUCAGAGCACAGCAACUGGAGCUCCUUUUCGAGCGAUUACAGUGAGGGACACGAUUGGAGAUCUCCCAGAAGUUGGGAAUGGGGCAUCGAGGACAACUCUCGAGUACCAAAGCGAUCCGGUCUCAUGGUUCCAAAAGAAAAUAAGAGGUAACAUGGCGGUCUUGACUGAUCAUGUAUCAAAAGAGAUGAAUGAGCUCAACUUGAUCCGAUGCCAGAGGAUUCCAAAGCGGCCAGGUGCUGAUUGGCGUGACCUCCCUGAUGAAAAGGUAAAAUUAUCAACUGGACAAAUUGUUGACCUGAUACCAUGGUGCCUGCCAAAUACUGCUAAGCGGCACAAUCAGUGGAAGGGGCUGUUCGGAAGGUUGGACUGGGAAGGGAACUUCCCAACUUCGAUCACGGAUCCUCAACCCAUGGGAAAGGUUGGGAUGUGCUUCCACCCUGAGCAGGACAGAAUUCUUACAGUUCGUGAAUGUGCCCGAUCUCAAGGGUUCCCGGAUGGGUAUCAAUUUGCUGGGAACAUUCAACACAAGCACCGGCAAAUUGGGAAUGCGGUGCCUCCUCCUCUGGCUUAUGCCCUAGGCCGGAAACUUAAGGAGGCCAUUGACUCCAAGACGUUCUCUGCUGCUUAAAUAUAAUCAUAUACCUUUUCAAUUGGAUAGGUGGAGUGGAUGUACUCAAGCGUCGAGAUGAGAAGGGAAGAGAAGACAUAAAUACUGUUUAUUUGUUAUUUUUAUAUUUAUAUGAACAAAAAGAAAAAAUAUUGGUAUAGGCUGUAAGCGAGAAGAGAUAAUUGCCCAAUCAAUUUCUAUUAUCCAAUUAGCCAAAUAUAUAUAAAUUUGUCAGCAAGAAAAGAAAAGAAACACACAUCGCUCCAUUAUCAUGUAAAGGAAUUUAAGUAGUCCUUUUAUUUAUUUAUUUUUGUCUCUUU